AUGAAAUCAGAUGGUCUUCCUCAUCCGGGAUAUCCUUUGCUAGAGGUAUCCGAUGCAGCAUGGCACUCUGUAAAAGUGGCUCUGCAUGGUGAAGACGCAAUUCACGCGGACAAAAUUGUUCUGCUCUUUACCGUCUCCGAAAUACAGGGCGUACCUAGUAAGUUUUUGCACAUUUUUGGCAGCGAGAAACCAAGCGAUGAUUUUGUAUGCCCUUUGGUCGAAGAGCAUGGGAAGAAAAAGCGUAGCUUUCAACAAACAUGGCUAAAGAAGUAUUCAUGGCUAUGCUAUUCGAAGCACUGCAAUGGUGGAUUCUGUGCCCCGUGUCUGCUGUUUGCAACCGGAGACAAUGUAGGACUAUUGGUGUCUUGGCCUCUUACUAAGUUCUACAAGGCCACGACGUUGCUCAAAGAUCAUGAGUCUUGUCAGUAUCACAGAGAUACUCUGGUAGCUCUGGCUGAAUUCACUGCCAGAAUGAAGCAGAUACGAUUGCCAGUUAUUCAGGAAGCACAGACGGCUGUUGCUAAGAGAGUGUGUAAGAACAGGUCGAUACUGCGCUCAAUAGUGAAGAUCAUAGUCUUCCUUGGCAACUGGAUCAGAGAGAAGAUUGUGAAUGAAAUCUCCAAAGGCAAGUAUUUUGCCGUACUACUAGAUGAAGCAGCUGACUGUUCAAAUAUCGAGCAGUUGAGCCUGGUCAUGAGAUACGUUGAUGGUCAAUGCGAAUUGAAAGAAGACUUUAUCGGAUUUUUUUCUUGUGAAAAGGGCAUCUCUGGUGAAGCCUUAGCCUCUUUGAUAGUCGACACAAUAAGGCGAUAUGGGUUAGAUACUGACUUCCUCAGAGGGCAGGGUUAA